AUGGUGGUGGGAGCCUUUCCUAUCGCAAAACUAUCUGUAUUAUUAAUAAAACAGAUUAGUAAACCCAUUGCUAAUGCUUGUAAGGAAAGAGCCAAAAAUAGCCCUUUUUUCAGGACGUAUGUUUGUAUGCCGCCAGCCCAAUUUUACAAUUGGUGUGAAGUGAAGGCAAAAAUGUGGAUUUUAAAUUUGGGGAAACCAGUCAAUAUUCCAGUCCUCAGCCAAGAAAUGGCUAUUGAACUUGGAGCUAACCUUCUUGGUGAAACAGUAAUUUUUAUCAUUGGUGCUGGCCUUUUAGUUGUAGAAUACAACAGACAAAGUAAGAAAGAAGCAGCAAAAGAAGCAAAACGUGAAGAGGAAAUGAAGCACAUAACAGGAACAAUUACUGAUCUCUACUUUACAGUUCAACAUCAACAAACACAAUUAAGGGAAUUGGAAAGGAUGAUCCACUCUAUAAGUGAAAAGAAACCAAUGCCAUCAACACCAAAAGGGCCCACAGAUCAAGGUCCACCAUCAGCCCCGAGUGCUCAAACUCCUCAAAAUAUAAGUCUUACUAAGCACUCUAAUGUUUCUGUUACACCUACACCAUAUCCUGAUAAAGGAAUCAUUCUUCAGUCACUUAAUUAUAUACAAAUGGAUGCAUUUAGUUCUCUUUUUAAUAACGCUAUUGUAACAGGCACCAAAACACACACCGCAGAAUCAUCCGCAAAUCAUAAACGACAACCUGCAAUUUUGUCACAAGCAUUGCACAAUAUAGAAAAUAACUUUAGAAGCUUAUUUUAA